AUGGACGUCUUCGGGCUCCUGGGCCACAAUGGCGCAGGUGAGCAAUGCUGCAGCAUGGGCACGGUGCACGUGGGCGGCUUCGACAUGGAGCGAGCUGUGAAGCAGCAGGGGAGCGUGACACUUUUCGGGCGCGCAGGAUGCUUCAACUGGCGUAACAAAGGCGCCGCUGCCGCGGCCAGUCGAGCCCCGAGCAACGGGCAGCAGAUGCAGCAGCAGGCGCUGAUGCAGAUGCAGCAGACGUUGCCGCUGCCGCCGCCGCCCAGCGACGCCCCGCCGAGCGAUGAGUCGAAUGCCUUAGUGCAGGCCUUGGAUCAAGCUGCCCAGGCGCACGCGGAUGUGCCGACGCCUGUGCCGGCCCUGCCCCCGCCGCCUCCGGACGAACCGCCCCCUGCGCCCGAGGAAGCGGCGCAAGUAGCGCAGGCGCAGCAGCAGCCAAGCGCUGAGCCCGCGCAGACAGAACCGACACAGGCUGUCCCACCAGCUGCGCAACCGGAGCUGCCUCCACGACAGUCGCAGCCAUCGUCCCAAGCGCAGUUCUCGCAGCCAGCGAUGUCGCAAGCGCAGGCGCAGGUGCGAGCGCUGGCCUUGGAAGCUCGGCAGGCUGCUCAACAGGCAGCAGCGCAGGAAGCGGUGCAGCAGCAAGCGGCUUCGCAGACGCCAGCGGCGCAGCAGGCGCCAUGGCAAACAACGAUGCCUCAGCAGCCGGAGCAGACUCAGACGCAGCCAACUGCGGAACCCACCCAGCAAGCUUCAACUGCCCAGACAGAGCCUCAAGUGACGCAGGCUGUCCCGCAACAAGCAGCUCAGCCCGAGCAGCCUCCACCACAGCUAUCGCAGCCAUCGUCCCAAGCGCAAUUCGCGCAGCCAGCGAUGUCGCAAGCCCAGGCGCAGGUGCGAGCGCUAGCUUUAGAGGCUCAGCAGGCUGCUCAACAGGCAGCAGCGCAUCAAGCGCCAGCGCAUCAGCAAGCAGCGGUGCAGCAACCAGCAGCGCAGCAGGCGCAAGCAGCGCAGCAGGCACCAUGGCAAACAACAAUUCCGCAGCCUCAGCCAACCGCACAACCUACCCACCAAGCUUCAACUCAGGCAGAGCCUCAAGCAACGCAGGCAGUCCCACAAGCAGUUCAGCCUCAACAGCCAUCGCAGCCACUGCCCGCAGCGCCGCAGCCGGUGCCGCCGUGGCAAACUGCCAAGCCUCUCGAAGUUCCUAAGGAACCGCCAGUUCCGACGGAUGCAGUCCCGGCGUUGCCCGCGCCGGAGCCCGUUGCGACGGAUGGCGAGAAGGCAAAGGAUGGCGAGAAGAAGGCGGCCCCAUGGCACCAGAAGCCGACACUGCCACCCCCGCCCAAGGCGGGCGGGCAUUGGCAGCCGCCGGCCCAGGAGCCCGCCAAGGGUCAGCUGACUGGCCAGCAGAUCGAUGAGGUGAUUACGAAGCUUCAGAAGGCGGGGGUGGAGCUGGACUUCGUGGCCACCCAGGCGGUGGCGACGCUGCUGCCGCAGCAGGCCCUCGAGCUGCUGCACUUCGUGGCGGACAACCGCGCGUGGCUGCCCAACCCGUCAUUCUUCAUCGCCCAAAGCGUCUCCGGUGGCUGUGUGCUGCCAGGCGUCUAUGCUGCUGCCCAGUCCGGCGGCAUUGACCCCGUCACCAUGGAGCGCUUGCUGCUGAAGGCGCAGCAGGUGGGGCUGGCCCUCACCAACGAGGCGCUGACGGCCCUCUCAGGCCUCUCGCCCGAGCAAGCGGCGGAGCUUCUCGAGUUCGUGCUCGAGAAAUCCACGGAACUUCGGGACCCUUCUCAGUAUGUGGUGUCCAUUGUGGCGAGGGGCUACCAGCCACGGCGAGCCCGAUUCGAGAACGAGCGACGCUGGCAACGUGUGUUGGAGCUGGGGAUCCAGCUUGACGACCCGGCAAAGCAGGCGCUGGCCAAACUUUCGCCGGAGCAGGCGGAUGAGAUGCUGGAGUACAUCAUCGAGCACCACCAGCACCUCAGGAGCCCCUCCAACUACAUCAUCAGCACUGUGGCCAGGGGCUUCGUGCCUAGGCCGCGGAAAGGAGGCGACAAGGGCAGGGGGAACAACCCGAUGGGAGUGAAUCCCAACAUCAUGCCCGCUGAUCUCACUCCGCUGGAGAGGCGGUGUCUUCAGAUCAACAGCCACCUGGCCCACGGGCAGCGUAUCGACGUGCCGACCUACCUGGCGCUUCGCUGUCUCCCCGCGUGGCAGGCCGCAGAGGUCUUGGACGGCUUAGAGCAGCGCCUGGCUGGACCCUCCGAGGUUGGCAGCGUUUGCAGCUAUCUGAAGACUGCGGUCUCCACGAUAGGGAAGCACCAUGAGUCAAAGCUCGACGAGAAGCGGCAGAGAGUAUCGUGA